AAAGUGGAGAGGAGUCUGUGAGGGAAAUGGAGAGGAGUCUGUGAGGGAAGUCCUCCAUUGCACUACAGGAUGUGGAGUCACUCACGACCCCCUCACUAGCUUCUCACUCCAGCAGCGAGCAAAGUCGCCUCUUCUCCAGGAUGGAAAUUCCGACUGUGCUUUUAUUGCUAGCAAUCCAGAACUGUCUCAGCAGUGGACUGGGGGACAACGAGGUCUUCGAACCUACGGAUACACAGACCAGAAACAGAUUGAGAACACCAGACUUCUGGAUAUCAACAUCAGACAGAACAUUUCUGCCACAGACCUGACUUCCAGCCCAACUACCAGCCUUGUUAAUGAUAUAGUGCCUGUGGAGGGUCUCAACGUCUCCUGUGCUGUAGGCUACACUCAGAAAGGGGCUGCAGAGUGUCAGGAUAUUAAUGAGUGUGAGCAGGGUGAUGAAGGACCCUGUGGCUACCACAGCAACUGUACCAACACCCCAGGCUCCUUCUUGUGUAGCUGCUUUCGUGGUUAUCUGAUGAGUUCCAGUGGUUGUCAGGAUGUAGAUGAGUGUGCAUUAGCUGCAGUAACUGGUCUACAGGCAUGUGGGAGAAGGGCGGCGUGUAAGAACAGCCCUGGUUCCUUCCACUGCCACUGUCCUACUGGAUUUGUCCUUGGACUUGACGGACACAACUGUGUUGAUGUUGAUGAGUGUACUUUUGAAGAGAGCUGCAGAAGGGAGCUUGGGAAUGUCUGCGUGAACACAGAGGGAAGCUACAAAUGUGUGUGUCAGCCUGGUUUCAGAGAGGACAAGGCAGCCUGCAUAGACGUAGAUGAGUGUGUUGAGCUGGAAGGUGUGUGUACUAAUCAAGGGGAAUGUGAGAACACAUUUGGGAGCUAUAAGUGUGUGUGUUCACAAGGAUACCGUGGCAAUGGGACCCACUGCACCGACGUGAAUGAGUGUGUCUCAGGGCUUCAUAACUGCAAUGUGAACGCUCGCUGUGGAAAUGUGAUGGGCUCAUACUUCUGCCAGUGCCGUCAGGGCUACAGUGGAGAUGGUCACUCCUGCUACGAUAUAGACGAGUGUGCUAUAAGCAACGGCCUUUGUGCGCAUAACUGUGCCAACUUACCAGGAGGGUACAGCUGCCUAUGCAAUGCAGGAUACACACUGGCUGAUGAUCUACACAACUGUACAGAGGUAGAUGAGUGUGGGAGUGGCAAUGCGACAUGUGAGCAACUUUGCACCAACACACCAGGCUCCUUUCUCUGCUCCUGUCAUGCAGGAUAUCAGUUGCACAUUGAUAGACAAAGCUGUGUUGACAUAGAUGAAUGCAAACUGCAGAAUGGGGGCUGUUCUCAUAUCUGCACAAACACACCAGGAGGACAUGUAUGCCACUGCCCUCCUCCACUUCUGCUGGACCACCUCAACUCCACCUGCGUCAACAUUACUUCAUGCGCCUUGCGGAAUGGUGGCUGUGAUCAGCUAUGUUCUUUGGGAGCCGAGGGACGUGUUAAGUGUAGCUGCAGAGAGGGUUGGGAGCUGGACACUGACCAAAGAACGUGUCUCGACAUUGAUGAGUGUGUGAUGUUUAAUGGGGGUUGUGAACAAGUGUGUGUGAAUCAGGCAGGCAGUUUUAACUGUACCUGCAAGCCAGGGUUCGAACUUCGCACAGAUGAUCCUACCAAAUGCCAACCGGUGUGUGAACCUCCAUGCCAGAAUUAUGGCGUGUGUGUCGCACCUAACACCUGUGACUGCCCUGCUGGCUACCCAGGCCCUGGUUGCUCAGCUAUGUGCUCACCACCCUGUGCUCAUGGCGGGACUUGUAUGCGCUGGAACACUUGUCUGUGUCGUCCUGGCUGGACUGGAGAGGGUUGCCGUACAGCUGUGUGUGAGCUGCCGUGUGGGAAUGGUGGUCGGUGUGUAGCUCCUAACGUCUGCCAGUGUCCCUCUGAUUAUACUGGCCUGCAGUGUCUCACUCCUCUCUGUACUCCUCCUUGUCUGAAUGGUGGGAGGUGUGUGGAUGUCAACACCUGUAGCUGUGCAGGAGCCUGGCAGGGAGCUCGCUGUCAGAUAGAACCAGUGCUAUGUGUGAAGCCCUGUAACAAUGGUGGAGAGUGUGUGGGGCUCAACAGGUGUCGAUGCUCCACUGGCUUCACAGGGGAUCUCUGUGAAAAAGCUGUGACUAUGCCCUGUGUGCCACCCUGCCAGCAUGGUGGCACCUGCAGCCCUCAUAAUACCUGCACCUGCCCAGCAGGGACCAGCGGCCUGCGGUGUGAGAAGUUGACUUGCCCAGUGGUGACCACAGUAGUCAGCAUGACUCGAGCAGUGCGAAAAGGUUUUAAAGAAAGUUAUGUAGAUCGCUGUGGACCUUUGGGGGUCCUUCUCUGCACCAAGUACAGGAUAAACCAAGCACGCGUGUAUCUACAGGCAUACAGAGUGGGAUACAAGAUCCAGUGUCCGAGUAAAACAGGAAUAUGACCCACACAAUCCAACCAACACAUAGCCCCAUCAACUUACACACAAAUACACAUAUUUGAUGUACUGUAUUACAUCCCAACACUUUUAAUAUGUCUCUAAACUAAACUCUAAACUCUAAAAGGAUUACUUUUAGGAUGAACUUUCAAACAGUAAGUGGAUGUAUGUAUGAAGACAUUAGACUUAGUAGACAAACUAAGUCAUAAGGAGUCUGAUAGGUUGGGCAGCUUCUGGUCUUUAGAACUGCUAUCCUUCUAUAACAUUAAACAAGUUUUAAGCCAGGGCUCGUCAAUUAGACUUGGCAUGAGGCCAGAUUUUCACAGCAUAAAUACUUUCUGGGCCUAAAAUGGAUACCAACCUUCAUUGGGAAAUUAUUAUAUUACACCAAUUGAAUUUUCUUAAUUUGAAAAACAAGUUAUGCCUUCAGUAUAACAUAAUUGUCAUGUACACCCUACAUAGUGCACUAUAUGUAGUUCAUGCUAUUUGAUAUUCAACCACAAUAAAUGUGGUGAAUAUAAUGUGGCAAAAGUACAGCUCUCUACACAUUCUCACUCCUCACUGUGUAUUUUUUUUUUUUGACUAACAGCACUCAUCGCAAGCACAUAUGCAAACAUCUCUAGCAUGAGAGUGUAUCGGCUAUGUGUUGUUCUGUUUCACCCCUUUCUACCUGUCAGGGCUGGUGUCUAACCUGAUAUCACCUCAUGCACAUCACAAAGUGACAGUGAUAUAGUAUUUGCUACGAAUACCUUCAUGCCACAUCACUUCUUUUCGCUGUCUCUAUUUGCGUAUGUACGCAUGCUGGACUGCUUGUAGAUUUUUGGAGUUAACCUAUUUUGCUUGUGACUAUGGACUCUCAGCUUUUCUCAGCAUACUGAUUGAGAAACUGCUUGCCUGUCACCCAUGGCUCAUGAGAUUUUGGUUACCUAGAAUCUUUCUAGCUCAGAGUGGCUGCUGUAGCCACAUUGACUGGACUGGACUGGACUGGACUGUCAGCACUCACAGAACUGGAGAAUGUGUUCCCCUCCAUUCUCUCUCGCCCUGCCAGUAACCCGGCACAUCGACUCACUGCUCACCUCCUGCCCUCAGCUCACAGACCCACAGCUAACAAUUCCAGUGACUGAGCUCUAUUCAGCUCAAACUGCCAUGGACUUGUGCUCAUCUGGCUAGUGCUUGAAUCUCACGUAGUCCAAGGACAGCCACAAGCUGUGUGCUUACUGCUCAGAGACUCCCUGUGCCGAAUGCAAAUGCCAAUGCCAUCACGGAACUGGCAGGGUUUCUUGUUCAGAAAAAGGACAGAGAUUUCCUUACAGUCAUGUGACCAGGGGAGUGGCGCUUUCAUCCAGAGAUGGUGCAGCAGAUCUGGUAACAAUUCGGCCAGGCACACAUGGACUUCUUUGCCAACAUCGAGUCAACUCAUUGUCUCGCAGACGAACAGGCCUCUGGGACAUCGCGCAUUGUGUUUCCACCUCCUUUGCUGAUUCUGCUCAUGCUACAAAGAAUUCAGAUAUCGACCCAGAGGUGUUAGACACCGCCCCUGGCAGUGGGUCGGGGUAAAAUACAGUUAUCCAGUGUUCAUAGAAACACAGUUAUACAUAUUUUGAACAGAUUCUCCUGGUAUCAUUUAUUAUUCUUCUGUGUAAUAGACAUGAUCAUAUUGAAUAGGCUGUUUUGGGUGAGGUUUUUUUUUUUUUUUUUUAGAAAAAUGAAUGAAAAGCUUUAUUACUUUAACCCCUUUGCUCUUUUACUCAUUCUGUUAUAUUGUUAUAUUAUUGAUCAUUCAAAAUGGAAGUUACCAUUUCAGCCAGGAAAUUCAUCCAAACCAUAAAAUACAAGCUCAUGUCCAAAUGUAGAAAACAACAACAACAACAACAACGUUGAUUUUAGUUUAUUGUAUAUAUGGUACAUUAUAAUGGUCUUGUAUGCCAGUGUUCACAGAGCACCAUUACUUUCAUUUGUUAACUUUAAAGCAAAACUUCCUGUUACGCUGUGGCAUUAUAAAGUCUGUUACUAAAAGGUUAUUUUGCUGGACUGUAGUGUUUUAUAUGUUUUGUGGGUUUAAGCUAAAAUGGCUUUCAUAUUUGUCAUUUUUACACUUCAAGUAUUCUUGAAUAAAUAAAAACAAAUCCAUUCCAAAAUGAUGCAUCUGAU